AUGGACGAGUCCCCCGUUAAGACCGAGGGCGCCACUCGCCAUCGCGCUGGCUACAAGUCUUGGAAGAAGAAGUACAGAAAGAUGCGCAUUGUGUUCGAUCAAAAGAUGCACGAUGGCGAGGAGCUACACAAACAAGAGGACAAGGCUGCGGCGCUGGUCAAGCGCUUGGCUGUAGAGAACGACCGCCUUUUAGACUUGCUACUCGAAAUCAACAACUCUCCUCAGAUCCCCCCAGAAAAACAGGUCGACGUAUCCCUCGAACCUCCGUCCGACCCCAAAGCGCCUGUUCUGCCCCUGGAUGAUGAGCACGAGCUACACAAAGACACACCCAGAAAGAAACUGGAAGACCUCAUCAGCGGUGUGCCACAUUCAUCAUACAGCAAUGCUAAGGAGACGCUACCGCAAAUUGUCAACGAGCUGAAGGCCCCAGACGGCGAAACAUAUCCUGCCGACUUUCUAUCUGCCGACGACAUCGACAACUACAUUUACGAAAUCGACAUGGCCCUCGAUUCCGAGACACACCACCUCCCCACACUUGCUCCUCGCGCCCACCCUGGCAACCACCAUCAAUCGCACCCACACCUUAAGAACCCUACCAGUGUAACAAACUGGCUGCGCAAACAUGCCCCCAAGAUAUUCCUCCAGGACGGCGAGGCGCAUGGCGAUGCAGAUGAUGGUGAGGGUGGCCAUACCGGAGGACGUAAGACUCGUGGAUCACGAGGCGAGCGUGGUGGACGGGCAAGCACAAGAGGCAAGCGUGUCAGCAUAGCCGCUCGCGCAGCCGCAACAGCAGAUCGCGAUGUGGAUGCUAGCAUGGACGAGGACCAAGAACGCGCCUCAACGCCUGUCAGCCGUGGCAAGCGCAAGAGGAAUGCCGAAGACGACACGGGUUACAAGCCCAGAGGCUCAUCGACAAGGCCAACAAAGAAGAAGCGCAAGAGCGAAGCAGAAGGAACCCCUACCGUUCGCAAGUCUAAGAAGGACAAGGAGAUUCCUGCGGCUCAUGCCGAUUAG